UUCCGCUGUGAAGCUGUUUGACAGCGCUCUUACAGUCGAGUGGAGCACACCCCAAAUUCAGAGACACGGAAGAGACACGCGUCUGAAGAUCUGAAACAAAACUCAGUCAUUGUAUUUAAAUACGGUACACUAUAUUCUGUGAUAAUUACCAGAUAAACGUCUUAAAUAAGGAGAAGGAGGAGGGAAACACAUCUCCAAUAUGAGUCACUGCGUGGAGAGAGAGGAGGAGAAAAAAGAGUAUGGUGCAGGACCCAGUUGUGUGUCAGUGAAGAGUGACCAGUCCAUGCCCAACCCCAAUGAUUUCAGUGAUGGAGCAGUGACCUGUGACCCCAGAUCUGUGCCCUCCACUUCAUCCCACUACCAGACCCACAUCAGACAGGACAAAGCUGAAGCCAUCUGGCAGAAACACAGUCUGGAAUCUGGAGACCUGCAGAAAGUCAAAGACCAGCAUAAAACCAACAUGAGGAACAAGUAUGAGAGAUUAUUUGAGGGAAUGAAACUCCAAGGGAAUCCAAACCUCCUGAACAUGAUCUACACACAGCUCUACAUCAUAGAGGGAGAGAGUGAAGGAGUGAAUGAAGAACAUGAGGUUUUACAGAUGGAGAAAACAGCCAGAACAAAACACUCACAAGGCACUCCAAUCUACUGCAAUGACAUCUUUAAAUCCUCACCUGAACCAGGAUGUGAGGAGAAAGACCAAAUCAAGACUGUUCUUACUAAAGGCAUCGCUGGUAUCGGAAAAACCGUCUCUGUGCAGAAGUUCAUUCUGGACUGGGCCGAGGAAAAAGACAAUCAGGAUGUAGAUUUCAUGUUUGUGCUUCCAUUUCGAGAGCUGAACUUGAUCCGAGAUCAUCAGUACAGUCUUCACAGACUUCUGCUGGACUUUCAUCCUGAACUUCAAGAUCUGGACUCAAAGAUUUAUGAGGAGUGUAAAGUUGUGUUCAUCUUUGAUGGUCUGGAUGAAAGCAGAAUCACACUGAUGUUUUCAGAUGAUCAGAAAGUUUGUGAUGUGACUGAGACUUCAUCAGUGGGUGUGUUGAUGUCAAACCUCAUGAAAGGAGAGCUGCUUCCCUCUGCUCUCAUCUGGAUCACCUCCAGACCAGCAGCAGCCAAUCAGAUCCCCUCCAAAUACAUCAACCGUCUGACAGAAAUUCAGGGAUUCAAUGAGUCUCAGAAGGAGGAAUAUUUCAGGAAGAGAAUCAGUGACCAGCAUCAAGCCAGCAGAAUCAUCUCACACAUCAGAAGAGCAAAAAGCCUCCACAUCAUGUGCCACAUCCCCGUCUUCUGCUGGAUCUCAUCCACUGUGCUUCAGAAGCUCCUGAAAGAAGAUGUGAGUGCAGAAAUCCCUCAAACUCUGACUGAAAUGUACAUCCACUUCCUGCUGAUUCAGAUCAACAUGAGGAAUCAGAAGUAUGAAGAGAGAGAUCCAGAGAAACUCCUGCAGUCCAACAGAGAAGUGAUUGUGAAACUUGCUGAAGUGGCUUUCAAACAGCUGAUGAAGGGCAAUGUGAUGUUCUAUGAGGAGGACCUGAUUGAGAGCGGCAUAGACGUCACUGAUGUCUCAGUGUAUUCUGGGAUUUGCACUGAGAUCUUUAAGGAGGAAUCUGUGAUUCAUCAGAGGAAAGUCUACAGCUUCAUUCAUCUGAGUGUUCAGGAGUUUCUUGCUGCUUUCUAUUCAUUUUACUAUUAUGUAAUGAUACAUAUUGAUACAUUGAAGUUUUGUGAUAUGAUGCAAAAUCUGCAUAGAGAUGCAGUAGAUAAAGCCCUUAAGAGUGAGAAUGGACAUCUGGAUCUGUUCCUGCGGUUCCUGCUGGGCGUCUCACUGGAGUCCAAUCAGAGACUCUUACAGGAUCUACUGACACACACAGAGAACAGCUCAGAGAGCAUCAGGAGAACCACACAGUACAUUAAAGAGAAGAUCAAAGAUGGACAUGGACUCUCCACUGAAAGAUCCAUCAAUCUGUUCCUCUGUCUGCUGGAAGUGAAAGAUCAGACUCUGUCCAGAGAGAUUCAGGAGUUUGUGAAAUCAGACAAACACUCAGAGAAGAAACUCUCUCCUGCUCACUGCUCAACAAUCGCCUACAUGCUUCAGAUGUCAGAGGAGGUGCUGGAUGAACUGGACCUCAAGAAAUACAACACAUCAGAUGAGGGGAGAAGAAGACUGAUACCAGCUGUGAUCAACUGCAGAAAAGCUCUUCUUGCUGGCUGUAAUCUCUCUGCUCAGUCCUGUGAAAUUGUAUCAUCAGCUCUACAAUCCUCAAACUCUGUUCUGAGAGAGCUGGAUCUGAGUAACAAUGACCUGCAGGAUCCAGGAGUGAAACUACUCUCUUGUGGAAUUAGGAGUCCAAACUGUCAGCUGGAGAUACUGCGGUUGUCAGGUUGUAUGGUGACAGAGGAAGGCUGUGGUUAUUUGUCUUCAGCUCUGAGUUCAAACCCCUCACACCUGAGAGAGCUGGAUCUGAGCUACAAUCACCCAGGACAAUCAGGAGUCCAGCUGCUCAAACACAAACUGGAGGAUCCAAACUAUAACUGCAGAUACUCAAGUAUGUGGGGCAGCUAUGACUCAUAUUUUUUGGACCAUGGAGAACAUUUCAGAAUCACAGCAGGACUGAGGAAAUAUGCCUGUGAUCUCACACUGGAUCCAAACACAGCACACACUCAACUCAUCCUGUCUGAAGGGAACAAAAAAACAACUUGUGUAGAAGAUCAUCAACCGUAUCCUGAUCAUCCAGACAGAUUUAAGAACCAGGAGCAGGUUCUGUGUGGAGAGAGUCUGACUGGACGCUGUUACUGGGAGGUUAAAUGGGAAGGCUCAGGUCAUGUAGCAGUGGCAUAUAAAGGAAUCGACAGAAAAAGUGGGAUUGACUGUUGGUUUGGACUCAAUGACAAGUCCUGGAGUAUGUAUUGUUCUGAUACGACUUAUACUGUCUGGUACAAUAAUAAGAACACUGAUGUAUCUGGCCCUUCGGCCCGAUCUAAUAGAGUAGGAGUGUAUCUGGACUGUCCGUCCGGCAUUCUGUCCUUCUACAGCGUCUCUGACACAAACACACUCACACACAUUUACACAUUCAACACCACAUUCACUGAACCCCUCUAUGCUGGAUUUGGGGUUUAUCCUAAAUCUUCAGUGUCUCUGUGUCAGAUUUAACAACCUUUUGUGAGGAGCCACAGAGACAUACAGAAGCUCAUUUUCAAAUUCCAAAUUUUUGGUCUGCAUUUUUCAGUUAGCCUAGUUUGUGUAAUGCAUAUGUGUAACCCAAGUUAAUCAAAUUUAAUUCUGCUAGACCACAUUUAUUCUAUAAUGUGAUUAGUGAAGAUUUGAGUUUUACAUAAUAUGAUAUUUUUGGUAUGAGCAAUUUAGAAAAUAAUUUUUUUAAAAAAGUAAACCAUGAUAAACCAUCUCAGUAUGUGAAAUCAUAAUAAAGUGAUGAAAGAAUGCUCACAUAGAUUACCAUUGUUACAGUUAAGGACGUAACUUUCAUAUGUAAGCACAGGUGUCAGUAAAAUACACCCAGAGUAUGGACUAAUUUUUUUUUUUUUUUUUGUGGUUGUGAAUUAUUUUAAAAUUUAAAGUUAUGCUAUUUUAUUUAACAGUAUUUUACCUUUCAUGAUACAUUCACACUUGAGAUGUUAAAUGACCUCAAGCCAGUAAGUUAAAUUCAUCAUUAAUAUUUCACAUUAGACAUUUAAUUUUAAUGAAUUGUGUGAGAAAUGUAUGCAGGAUGGGACACAUAUUUAGGUUUAAGCACUUGUACUCUGUAAUGUACAACUUUCUUUCUCACAGCUGUGACAUGAGUUAAUAGUCUCAAUUGCAGCUAUAGUCAAAUUGUAAUGAAGCUGCAUUGCAGGAUUGUGAGAACUCCAAUUGUAAUAAUGUUUAGCUAAUAAUUACAUAAUUUAAAUACUGAGCAAUUAAUAUUACAGUUACACUGAACAACACUGAGUUACACUGAAUUUCCAAAAUCUGAACCUGAGCUAAAUUUGGCCUAAAAUGUACAGUGAUGUGUAGAAUAUGAUGAUGAUCCAUGAGUCUGACACUAUAGGAAAAUUAACAGACUGAACAGAAAGAUAAAUAAAUAAAUAAAUAAAUAAAAACCAAGGUUGCUUACACAGUGUUUGUUGCUCCUACUUCCUGAGCAUGGAAUAUCUGUUUAAGUCCACAUCACCUGACAAAUGGAUUAAUUCAGGAAAACCCUAUAAUGUCAGCUUAUUAUACACAGACAACACUUGAGAGGAGUUUAAGGUAUGAUGAUGUCCUAACUACUUAUGUAAGUACAAUAUAAAUUACCAUAUGUUUGUGUAAUAUGUGUAGGUUUUAUAAUAAGCUACAUUCAUGUACAAAUGUAGCUAUUAUUAAAUUAGUUAUUAUGGACAUAUCUGAAGCUGUACCGAGUGAGAAUAUCUGUUGCAAUGUUUAAUAUUAAAUAAUAGUUUACUCAUUAGACCUGUCUCUUAUCUUAUUUAAACAGCAGGGUAGUUCCACUGUAACUGUCGCGUCUCAAGCACUUCCUACUCCACGUUUGUUUUAUUCAAACUUCUUGGCUGUUGUGUUGCUGGUGGUUUCCCUCCGAUGAAGUGAUGUAUUGAUGUGUGCUAGGCUACUGUACCCUUAUUGCCGUGUGCAGUGCUCUUCGAGUUCCGCUGUGAAGUCCACUUGGCAGCGCUCUUACAGAGUUAAGGCUAGAUGGGAUACAGCUCUGGCUGCUGGGCAUGCGCACAUCAAUCUAACGUUAUUUUGUCACAUUGUAGAACAAUAAUACUGUUUUUGUAUUAUAGUAAGGGCUACGUUUAGGGUUGGGGUAGAUGUAGACAUAAAAAAAAAAAAAAAAAAUCUAAUAGGUAGAAGAAUUCAUUUAAUUGUUAGUUUCCGGUCAGAGCUGUGCUUCUAGACACAACCCUCUUACAAUCGAGUGGAGCACACCCCAAAUUCAGAGACACGGAAGAGACACGCGUCUGAAGAUCUGAAACAAAACUCAGUCAGUGUAUUUAAAUACGGUACACUAUAUUCUGUGGAGAAGGAGGAGGAGGGGAACACACCUCCAAAAUGAGUCACUGUGUGGAGAGGGAGGAG